AAGGAAUUCCACUCCCCCGCCGACAUUCGCUAGUUUCAUGAAUCGAAAACAUGCAAGAACUUCCUCACUUCGUUGUCACCCUCUCAGAAUCAAUUCGUGGCCACAAGAUCUCCGAUCUGUGCCAAGAAUCAAUUCGUGGCCACAAGAUCUCCGAUCUGUGCCACGAAUCCUCCACCACCACUAAAAUCGCCUCUGUCCAUGAAAUCUUAAUCCAUUGGAUCGAUGAAAUUCCUUCGGUUCAACAAUCGUCUCACUACGGUAACAUCUCCUACAGAACUUGGCACGAGUGGAUAGGAAUUUCCCGAUCUGUUCAUGCCUUCUUUUUGUUUUUCGUUAUAUGGAGAUCGCGAUUGUGCUAUUUAGAUGCAGAAACAAAAGCAAAGGAAGAAUACAGUCAAAAGUUGCAGGAAUUGCAAGCAGAGAUUAGAUGCAGAGGAGGGGAUGAUGAGCGAAACGUUAAGUUUUAACGGAUUAGUGACGUCAUGUUACACAGAGGGGCUGAUUUGCCACCUAAGACGAGUUAAGGGGUUCUUUUGCGCGUGAACUGACUUGAGGGGGUGAUCUGCCACCACACGACGAGUUGAGGGGCUAAUCUGCAUGUUUUGCCUUUAUUAUUAUACAAUUUUAAGUUACAUAUAAAACUUGCAUUUCAGU